CCUGUAAGAGGAAACAAACAUGUGUUUAUACCGCGUUACAGAACUGUUUGUCAUUAUAACGCUAGCUGUCUCUGUAAGUGUGUAUGGAGAUUGUCCACCGGGCAGGUAUUUGGACCCAGUAACAAAUAACUGUGAUGACUGUGGGGAUAUCUGUGAACAUGCGGACAUACAAGGAACUCAGGCGGACUGUCAACGACUGUGUUCGGGGUACCACCUGGAUGGAGCAGCAACCACUCAGCUACCUCAGUGUCCUUCAGACCAGUACUACGACAGCGCCAUAUCACGGUGUGACUACUGCAGUGUCAUAUGCGACAACCACGUCAUACAGGGAACAACUGCCCAGUGCAAAGAAAAAUGUCCGCCAUACUUUGAACCGAAAGUUAUUGAAAGCCAACAACUCACACCCUUAGUUAUAACUAUCUGCUGUAUACUCGGUCUGUGUCUUGUCUUGGUGAGCGUGUAUGGCCUGAUGGUGUGUUUCUGUGAACAUCGUCUUCCAUCUCGACUACAGCGUUGUCUCCCCUGCCUUAUUCGUGGCUACAAGAAACCGGUAGAGUGCACCGAGUGUCACACAGAUAGCCCCGGAUCCGCAUCACUGACAUCACUUAGUGGUUACGAAGUACCCACCCCAGGGAUUGCAACAAUUCAAAUGCCAAAUCCAGAGUUUGGCUUGACAGAGCUUCAAUACCAGCGUCAGUCAUCAGGGGAUGGCAGCAAUGCCUAACCCAGGUUGAAACUUGUAUCUCACGUACCCAUACGUGUCUGAUAGCAAUGUCAGUGCCAUGGCCAAGCUGAUGAAGACAGUAAGGAGAGAAGCUGGGUACCUUCACAAAGAUGUUACCUGCCAUUCAAUGAACAGCUGGUCUCUUUGAAAAGAAGGAGAUGUUACAGAAUACUGGUUAAACCCAACCUGCAGACUACUGCUCCCCUGCUGGACAGGUCUCACAGGGAAUAUUGUGUGUUUGUGAGUGACUUGCUCACUCUCCAAAUAGAUUUCACUUCAAGAAAUCCUCCACUUGUAAAAUUGUGGCAUGCAGACAUAAUGACUUUAUUUUCAUGAACUGAAAUCCGAAGAUUAAGUUAAAUUACUUGCAAGUAUUCAUUUCACAGACUUCAUAAAAUAUGAAAAUGAUUAUUAAUUAUAAUCUGAUUUUCCGAUCUCCGAUAUACAGUACUUGUUCUUAAAGUUGUAGUUUGUAUAUCUUGUGUCUCUGUGAAUUAAGAAGUGUCAGUUUAGACUCACGCAUGUGAGACACUGCUGUUAUUUGUUAUAUUUCCCUGUCAAACACAUUCGUGCCUUAUGGAAGGAUUCUAUUGUGUCACAUUUAGACAAUGGGGGAGCGUGUCGAGAGUGUUAUUAAUGCCAGAUCGGGUUUCCAAGUCCUACAGCCUUGUGUCUGGGAACGUCAGGACAGUUGAAAAGAAUUGAAUGUCAUUCUUCUGAUCUUCGUUAUCUCGUUUACGAAGUUCUUUUUCCCAACAAAAAUGUUACCUAAAUCUAGUAAUAAGAACAUCGAAAA